ACUUGAUGUACUAGUGAUAACAUUUCCCUUCUCUUACCUCCAUCCUCGCUGCAGGGUGAACAACUGUGUGGGGUUCGCCAACUACAAGUUCUUCAUGCUGUUCUUGGCAUAUUCGCUCCUCUACUGCCUUUUUAUAACCGCCACAGAUCUUCAGUACUUCAUCAAGUUUUGGCUGAACGGCCUCCCAGACACUCAAGCUAAGUUCCACAUCCUGUUCCUCUUCUUCUCGGCCUCCACGUUCUCCGUCAGCCUGGCUUCUCUUCUGACCUACCACUGCUGGCUCGUCUGCAAGAACAGAUCCACUCUGGAGGCAGUACGUUCUCCGGUGUUUCGCCACGGCACCGAUAAGAACGGCUUCAGUCUGGGCUUGAGUAAGAACUUCCGCCAGGUCUUUGGGGAUGAAGUGAAGUACUGGCCAAUUCCUAUUUUCUCCGGGUAAGGUCCAAUGGGCAUUAUAUAAAUAAAAUGAUAUUCACAAAAAAACACCAUAAGAUUGAAGGAGAUAGUUAGGAUUAUUUGGGGUAGGAUUGUAUUAGUUACCUAUCCAUAGUCAGUGUAUUACGUGCAGUAGAUGACAGUUUGGAGAAACGGACAGAAGUACCAGCACAUUAUAGUCUGCUAUAUUUACAAUAUUUACAUAUCUUUACCUUUCUGUCAGACCUUUUCUGACGGGGGACAGAAGCUGUUUUCUUUACUCCUUUUAAAGUCCUGCUUCCCCCAUUCAAAGCAGCGCAUUGCUUUACUACCUUCUGGUACUUUACUCCAUUUCUGCUAACUGGCAUUCUUACUGCCAUCUGCUGUAGGUAAUACUAUGACUAUGGAUAAGCACCUCAAACAACCCCACUGAUCCAUCCCUUUAAGGAGGGUAAGCCAAAUAAAUCUGAAGCACGUGUUAAUUAUUUAUAACUUAUUUUGGAAGGUUGUUUGAUAGUUAACUAAACCUGAUGACUGACAAGUCUUGAGUCUGGACUGAAGGACAAGCCGGUCCAAAACGGCAAGAACCAUUACUCCAUGCAACUGUAGACAGUGUCAGUAAAACUGUUAAGCACAUUAUGUGGAUAUGAAAAGUUUAUGAGUUAUGUUAUAAUGCAAAUUCAGUCUAGCAUCACUAUGCACAGCACUGGUACACAUUGACUUUAGAGAAGUGUUGAACAAGGGGAGUCUUCAGCUCGGGGAUCAGAGAGUGCUGUCACUUAGUCUGAAACAAAAUGGUUCAAAAGAGGGAAAAGUCUCAGAGGAGACGUGUGAGCAUUAGCUCCAGUAAACAACAACAACACCGCUGUGAAUUCAUGCUGAAGCUCCAGCUUUGACGAUAUCGCUAAUUUAUUCUGCCCGAGUGAAUACUAUUUCACAUUUACAGCUUUUUGGCAUUUGAUGUCCAAACAUUAUCCCCUAAUAUAAUUCCUAAUAAUUCAUCUAUAAAACUAAAUAUGUUGUUGUGAAGAACACAUCAGAUCCAUAGACUGUAUAUAUAAUGGACGUAGUGUCUGUGACGUCACCCAUACGUAGGUUUCUGCAGAGUUGCUGAGAAACCCCUAGUAGGUGGCAGUCGCGAGCCGUGACUUUUAUACCUAGGUCCUCUGACCUACCCCUUCCAUAGAAAAAAGAAGAGUUAUUACAUCACAGCG